AUGUUCUUCAUUUUCAAAAAAGGUGCCAAAAUGGAAGAAGUUGAUGAUCAGACUCCCAGAGUAGCUUUUGAGAGCUCUCAGGAACCCGAGAAUACAAAUAGGAGGAGAAUUCAGAAUCGAAUAGCUCAACGCAAACAUCGUGAGCGGUUAAAGGCUCUUCGACAAAACUCCUUAAAUGGCGUAUACGACGAAGACAUAACAUCAGUUGAAAUCGUCCAAAGUGCUGAUCAGAGUGAACCUGCAUUCGAUAUAUUAAAUGACAUGAUAUAUGGUCUCAAUGUACCGGACCCGGCAAACGAGGCUCAGAUGAAUCUGCCCCAACCGAACAGCAGCAUACCUGUUCUUCAGGGACAAGAGCAGCAAUCUCUUAGAACUUCCUCAUCUUUUGGCCAUCAAAAUCAAGAUGGCCAGCCACUCGGCAACCGGUCUCUCACAUUGAAACGAGUUGGAAAGAAUGCAAAUAUCUCAAUCGAUGGUCAGAUUUCAAGUCAAAAUCUUUCUUUACACCCAGUCGAAGGCUCUGAGUACUGCCCUAUAGUGGAGCAAGCCACUGUAGUGCAAAGUCAAAGGGCUCGUAUUUGCGACCAAGCAGAACAGCACCUGCAAAAGGUGAUCUCUUUAUACGAAUUUGGGGUUUCGCUCGAUAUCCUAGCGGCCGAUCCACGUCUCGGAAACUCCCUGGUGAUCGCACUCAAGAGGUUCGAAAUCCAGAGAUAG